GUGGCUCAUUCUUGCCGUUAAAACUCUAACGACGACUGAAACACGGGCAUCAUUCAAAAGCCACACUUUCCCCGUUAUUUCUCUCUCUAGAAAACUCCACCUUUUUCUUCAUCCAUGGCGGUUCUGAACCGCCUAGUCAGAAGCUCAGCCUUCUCCACCCUAGCUCGAAGCUUCUCCUCGUCUUUGAAUUCCGAAUUUUGCCUUCGAGCUUCGUCUUCUCUCACCAACAGCAAGACUCUGCCUCUUUGUCGCGAACCCAAGGGCAAAAACGUCCAGUGGGUCUUCCUCGGAUGCCCCGGCGUCGGCAAAGGCACCUACGCCGGUCGCCUCUCUACCCUCCUCGGCGUACCUCACAUCGCCACCGGCGAUCUCGUCCGCGAAGAGCUGUCGUCACACGGUCCACUUGCUUCUCAGCUUGCAGAGAUUGUUAACCAAGGGCAAUUGGUUUCAGAUGAAAUUAUAAUAAACUUAUUGUCCAAGCGUCUUGAAGCUGGAGAAACAAAGGGUGAAUCGGGAUUUAUUCUUGAUGGUUUCCCUCGAACUAUAAAACAAGCAGAAAUAUUAGAGGGAGUAACUGACAUUGACUUGGUGAUUAAUCUUAAGCUUCGGGAAGAAGCGUUGCUUGCAAAAUGCCUUGGCAGAAGGAUUUGUAGCGAGUGUGGAGGGAAUUAUAAUGUUGCCUGUAUUGACAUCAAAGGUGAGAAUGGAAGCCCUGGAAUGUACAUGGCUCCUCUUCAUCCUCCUCCACAAUGUGCAUCAAAACUUAUCACCCGGUCCGAUGACAUUGAGGAAGUUGUAAAGGAACGGCUCCGUGUAUACAAUGAGAUGGGAGGGGGGUGUUCUUUUUAAAUUAAAAGUGAUGGGGUUUUUAUCAAUCAAUAUGGAAGAUACCGAUUGAAGAGUGACUCAACUGAGACUAUACAGUAACAAUCAAGUCCUAAGCACAGCAGGAUCGUUCUGAUCACGUUUACCUCAGACUUGGGGGGUUUUGAAUAGGUCUAAACGGAAACUACACUAAUUUUCACCAAAUUUAAUCUACAAUUUAAAUCAAUUUGUUCUUUAACAAUAAUUGAUAUUGCCUUGAUGUCAUAAGCAAAAUAAAGUUUAGAGGCACACCAGAUCUUUACAUGGAAAACUCCCUUUCGGCGAGUCAAAAAAUCCACGGGACAUAGUCCGGCAAAAUAAUCCACUUUGAAGAAUGAGAUGCACAACCUAGAUCUAUUCAGUCCUUCGAACACUAGUUGAUCCCUAGACACGGUAGGACGCCAAACCUUUAGUCCUUCGAAGAUCUCCAGGUCGUCUUUCUAAUUUGUCUACAAUAUUCAGUACUUCAUCUGAUGGUUAUCUCUGAACGGUGUUGUUGUAAUCGUUGCAUAACAUAACUUCAGUAGUUACAACACCUUGAAUAUAUCAUCAUGAUCACCAUGUCUAAUGGAUAUGAUAUGUGAUGACAAAUAAGAAAGAUCACCCACUAAUCUCUCUAGAAUAACACUCACAAAUAUGUGUACGUGAACAGUAUAAUUUUCUUGUGGAUAAAGAACGAAUAAAAGAACUCUCAAAAACUUUCAUAAUUGUCUAUGCAAGAGAGUAUGUGUGAAUGCAAUAUUUGGCACACGAAUAAAGCACUUCUAUUCACACACUAGGGUUUAUGGAAAGACUAGUAUUUAUAGGCAACUCAUCAAUACUUUCCAAAACGGUUUAGAUAUGAAAUAACUUGGAAAACACAUUUUAGAAAUUUCUAGUCUGCAUAACCUUUGAUCGAUACCCAUAGCAAUGUCCAAGUAAGUUUAAGAAACUUUGAAAAUAUAUGUAACGUGUAUAUUCACCAGGAAAAAACAUAUAUAAUGUGUUUGCAUGAACCUAUAUGGUGAUCGCUGAGUGUAUUGGUGUGAUAUUACCUUUGUUUUCUCUGACUUGACGAAGUUGACAUCCUUUUCAUAUAACUUUCUUCACCAAGUGUAGCCUUCACACACAAUUAUGACUUCUAACAACUAGUUCACCUACUAAAAAUGAAAUACAGUAAAAAUUACAUUGCAUGAGUAAGUUUCGUCAUACAAAAUUUGCCAGCUUAUGUCUAUAAACCUAAAAAAAAGUUCCCAAUUUUUGUUAUCAUUUGAUACUCUUGUCAUUACGGAAUUGAUGAUAUCUUCAAGGAUGUUCUCAAGCGCAAACUCCUUUGGUGUUUAUAUGUCACAAGAGUGUACCCCUGAAAUGGCAGGAAGAAGGGUUUCGUUUUUUUCUGUUUCCUUUUAUUUUUUAUUUUUUUUAUUUUUUUAAUGUUGGGGUGGGGGUGAUGGAAGUGCCUUUCGAUAUUGUAAAAAUUUUGCUGUAUCCUUCAUAUUGCUAAAUAUAUAACUUGUGCCAUUUCAUA